AUGCUGGAGAAAGCUGCACUGAGGAAUUUACGCGCUCGUCUGCAGGAGGAACUCCGCGACCUGCUCAAAGAAGCAGACCUGAAGCUCGACUCUGAAACCCUCGGAGACACAUAUGAAGGUGGCAGCAGCCACGUCGACUGCAACCCUGCAAAAAACUGUAACCACCAUGUGCGUUGCAGUAAUCAGCUGGAUAGCAGCAACCAGGUGAGUGGCAGCAACCAGCAGACCCGGGAUCGAGUCGAAGCCGACCACCGGCGACGGGUGCGGUCUUUGUCGAAGUGUCAGCGCGAGUCGCGACAUGAGAUUCGUCAUGAGUCUCGGAACCGGCAGUCAUCGCAAGGACAACAAGCUCUGGCAGACGAUAUUGAAGAGUUAUUAGUCCGUUUGCAAAAUGAGGCCCUGCGACGGCGACAAAAAAAACGAACUCUUUACACCUCCGAUGAGCAGGACCUGCGCCUGCGACCCCCCCGUGGCCCCGUCCAGACGACUGCGCUUACCGAUGACAUCAUCCAAACCGCCACCAAGCCCGUACUCCCACAACCCAAAAGGAACGCCAAGCCUGUAGGCCGGCAACAACUCUACGAUCUCCGCAGAGAGCUGUCCGACUUGGAGCGAGAACUGUCUCCCUGUCUAGACUCCUCUUGUCUAGAUCCCUCCUGUCUAGACCCCUCCUGUCCGGACCCCUCCUGUCUACACCCCUCCUGUCUGCGCCAGUCCAAAUCCGCGAAGUGCUACCACAGCCGCAAACUGUCCGUUCCCGAAAGGGCCCACCACUCGGCCAACAGCAGGAACUCUGCCAACGACAGGACCUCUGCCAACGACAGGACCUUUGCCAACGACAGGACCUUUGCCAACGACAGGACCUUUGCCAACGACAGGACUUGUGUCGUCCACACGACCUGUGUCGACCACAGGACCUCCGGCAGGAGCUCUGCACUGUUCUGCGAAGAUUACCGGUCGAGGCGCCGACAGCCGCGUCGCCGGCGGCUCUCCGGCUCAUCCACCUCCUCCCAGGACGGGCCCCAGGUGAUGUGCAGACGCCAAGACAACCUGGCGACGCGCGACCAGGUUUUGUCGGCUGGGUACUCUUCUCUCGGAUAUUCAGAGGGAGUCGUGGGGGACUCAGGUGACACGAUGGCUAUUAGCUCAGUGGACGCGUCCAAUGAAGCUUCCUAUGACACGCUCUACCCCGUGGGGCUCCCCAUCCAUUUCCAGCACAGACAACAGUCCCGCAAAGAUAAACAAUCACGAAUGUUCCGCUGGAAAAACACAACUAAAGACACCCCGAUGAAAGAUACGACGCGAUGCAACAAAAACAAAGGCAAAGUAGGGCAAUCGGCUACCGGUGCCGAAUCGGAUAUCUGUACUUUAUACCAGGGAACCCCACUACCCACUAAACCGCUGUCCGGUCAAGCCGUAUCCCCCUACGCAACCGUUCCCUCUAGACUCAUCUACCCACAAUCAGCCGCCACACAAGUCACGGCUACAACACCCGAUCUGCCACCACGGCCUGACGCUCCCGACACAGGCAAAACCAAUAACUCUGAGUCUCAUAACCCCAAGUCUUACAACUCCCAAACCAGUAAUUGUCCACCUAGCCAUGGUCUGUCGAACAACGGUCUGUCGAACAACGGUCUGUCGAACAACGGUCUGUCGAACAACGGUCUGUCGAACAACGGCCUGUCGAACAACGGCCUGUCGAACAGCGGUCUGUCUAACAACGGCCAGCCUCAGGAAUUAGAGUCACACUCGCGGUCCGAUAACCAGCGUAGACCGGAUCAGGCGCGCAAGGAAGAGGUACCGCACCUUCGGCCCAAUCUUCAGUCCGUUGAUCUUCAAGGAGCAAGUCUUGCCCACGUACGGAAUCGGUCGAGGGACCAGGACACUUCAAUUGAGCGAGUCACUUCAAUUGAACGAGUCACUUCAAUUGAACGAGUUACCUCAGUUGACCGAGUCACCUCUCAUGACCGAGUCACCUCUCAUGACCGAGUGACAUCCGCGGAUUCCGUGCGAACUCCUCAGUACGUUAGAACUCCUGAGGUGUCACGAGACGUUUACCGCUUGGCUUACCACGAUUUCAGACCGUCAGCCGGCUUAGGAACUGGCUUGAAAGCGCAGGCUACCGUGGAAGCGCAGACGGGCUUCCAAGCGCAAAAGGCCGAGACGCAAAAGGCCGAGGCGCAAGAGACUGAGGCGCAAAAGACUGAGGCGCAAAAGACUGAGGCAGAUGGGGAAGGUCUGGAGUUGCCGACUCGAGUAGAUUCAGGUCUUGUGGGCUCGGAUACUACCGGACCAAUUUCUGGGUACAACAGGCAGGAAAUGAAGUGUGCGUUCCUGGAGAUGAUUCCUUCAGAGCUUCACGACCAACCUAGCUUUGGUCCAUCCGACUUGGGUUGUUGCAGCUCGGCCCCCCUGGAGCUUGGCCGGAGUCUUACUGAGAUGUUCCGUACUACUGGAGUGAAUGGAGAGUUGCCUACUGAGGUGACCAUUAAUGAUGAUCCUCCAGCGACCCAAGGACAGCCGCAAAUCAGUGGUCAGUUGCUGUUACAGAAUAUAUCGGACUGCUAUUAUCAGGACGAAUAUACUCCUUUAAACGAUACUGAGAUAUCCACCCCGGAAACAUCUGGUCAGUCUUCCCCGUUCGCUGAACGCUACUCGCUUCCUCCCUCCGAAGCAGUGCAGGUGGAAGAAGACAGGGUAGGGGAAACGGAAGCUGAGGAAACGCCUCAUACUUCACGUAAACUAAGAGAGGAACAUUAUUCCGGGGUUUAUACACCGGUUUACUCACCCGAUCUACUACCGCUUGCCUCUGAAAUGUCGCCAGAGCAAUCUGGACUUAUCGUGGUUCAACCCGUGGUUCAACCCGUGAUUCAAUCCCAGGUUCAACCUUUUGGACACGUAAUUACCGCGCACGUAAUUACCGCGCACGAGCUUCUCCCUAAAAGCCAUGAUCGGGAGGAGUUCGCCCACCAGGAACUCGCUCAGGAUGCUUGUAUUCAGGAUGACUAUAUUCGGCAUGGCUAUAUUCAGGAUGACGGUAUUCAACAAAACUGUAUUCAACAGGACUGUAUUACUCUAGACUGUGAACAAGCUGUACCGAACGAUCAGACCUGUACCGACCUUUCCACUGCUGUUAACAGCUUGCAGCAAGGUGCUGAGACCGAUGAGGCACAAUUGGAGCCGGUUCUUGGGACUGGUCCGCUGCAGGUCAGCUUUCUACCAAGUCAGCUCCCACAAAAAGCACCACUAUCUUCUGCUGACUUGAGGAGGCAGUCCCCCAUUAGCUCACCCAGGGUACGUGAUGCUCAGGCUGGCCGCAAUGCUCAGGCUGGCCGUAAUGCUCAGCCUGGCCGUAGUGGUCAAGUCAUGGAACUGCCUGAAGACCAGGGACGCGGCCAACUUGAACAUGCGAGUCCCGGCCACGAAAAUCUGCCCAAUGCUACCAAGCCCGCCGCAGGGCUUCCCGACGUAGGUCUUACCAGUGUAGGUGUAUCGAAUCUAAGUCUGCCCGACGCCGCUCUGUACGGUGAAGCGACGCCUUGCUCUUCGUCGCCGGAUUUGAGCUACACUCCCGACGUGAGUUGCGGUCCCGAAGAAACGGACGAGGAGCAAGCCGUGGAACCCGUUCCCGGGAUCCCGUUGGCGAUGGUAGUGGGUUCGCUAUACAGCUCGGCGGUCCUGGGCAAACCUCUCAAGCCGCUAGCAGUGAAGCCGCUGUUCAAGCGUUACGGCAGCCAGAAGUGCGUGGCCACACAAACGGAGGAAGCCGUCGCAUCAAUCGGGCGCUCGGACUACAUGCGGCUCAUCCAGCAAAAGACCCAGCAGGUGCCGGCAGGCCCCCGACAGGCGUCGAUAGGCUCCCAGCAAGCGCCGACAGACUUCCAGGAAGCGCCGACAGGCUCGCAACAUUUUCUCGAACUCGCGGAGGCAGACAGCCGCCAAGCAGCAGGCGCCAAGGCUCCCGGAACCAAGAGGCUCGGAGACCCAGACGAGGUACUACGCCAGCCCGCUGCGACCAGGCCGCCCACCAAAGCCUACCUGCCGGUCGUGGGCCCCCCGCCGGUCGUAGCCCCUCCGCCGGUCCGACAUCCGGCGGCUCCCUUGGCGCACGUCCGGUCUGCCUUUGGUCCGGGCACAAGGUAUUCGUUCGGUCCUGCGGAGAGCGGAGAAAAGCAGCCGCCGCCGGUGGCGUUCCGGUCGGCGAUUGUAGCGCAUUCCGCCGAGACGGCCGUUGAGCAUCCCGUGGCAUCCGCACAACCCUCACUGCGACCGUCGGCCUUGGUCCCGGCCGCCGGUCCGCGGUGGACGCUGAGCCAGGGUCCAGCGAUGCGGGUAGCGCCGCUCCAGCCGGUCCCGGCCGUGGGGCCUGCGCCCAAUCUGUCCAAACUACUCUUCGUCUCGGCAGCCGUCUUGGCUGGAGCGGCUGCCCCUCCUAACGCACGUACCGGCUCGUCUGGGACCGUAGACUCAAGGCCGGUGGGCCCACGGCCGGUGGACCCCCGAAUGGCCGACCCCCGGAUGGUAGACCCCCGAAUGGCGGACCCCCGGGUGGUAGAACCUCGGAUGGUAGACCCCCGGAUGGCAGACUCCCGGACGGCAGACUUCCGGAUGAUGCACCCGGCCCGGGACGUGGCCUACUCCUAUGCGGGACCGUGGACAGCGCCAGUGCUAGCCCCGUCGGAGGUGGUCUCGUCGGGGACGGCCCCACCUUUGGGGCUGGGCCCCUCGGCGGUAGGUCUCUGGGCAGUAGCGCCGAUGAAAGAUCAGUAUUGGCAAAAAACUGCCUUCAACGGAAGACCCGAGCGCCGUGGGCCGGACCCGCGAGUCGUGUACAACAAGCCGACCACACAACCGAGUAAGAAGCCAGUCCCGUCAAGCCCCAAAUCGUUGCAGGGAUUGCCCACGGGGGACUCCGUGCCUGUGCCGGCUGCCAAGAGUAGCGGCACCCCUCUCCCCGACUUCGCCCGACCGCACACUCAGUUGCCUCUUCGCCUGGACGAACGGGCUCUGAAGCCCCUCCAGUCGCGGCAACCGGAGCCACCUCGGUUGGCGGAGCCACCCCGGCUGGCGGAGCCGUGUGGUAAGGCGGAAGCCCCUCGGUUGGCAGAGCCGCCGAGGCUGAAAAGCGUCUCCGGCAUUCAUUCGUACGUUGCUCCAAACAGUCUCUCGAACGGUCCUGGGGGUAACGGAAUUGCGGGUGGAGGAAUGGAGGGUGGAAGACCCGCGGAGUUUCUCUACCGGAAGAAGUCGGUGCCGGGUAUAACCCUUAAGGAUGAGCCGGUUCGUUUGGCUACGAAUGAGUCGUCUACGAUGGUAUCUCUUGGUAACCCUGCUAAGGACUUGGUGUUGGAGGAUUUUGUUAGUCCGGUUGUGGCUCAGGAGAUCUACGAAGAGAUCGAGAAGGAAAUAGAGAUGGAGAUGAGGAAGGGGGGCAUGAAGGUAGAUGAUCUGGAGUCGUUGUCUGCUGCCAGUCCGACUCCUAUCCCCAUCAAGCGAACUGCUGUUCAAAAGCCUAGUGUUUACCAGCCUUUUUCGCAUUCCUACCCGCCAGGUAAGCCUUUCCCGCAAGGCUACUCUUACCCCCAGAACGUGUGCUACCCCACUGGCGGUGCACCGUUCCAACUACAGCAGCCCCACUACAGGGUCCCGGGGAAGGGUCAGAGUGUCUUCGUCCCAGGACGUCUUCCGGCGACCAAAGCUCCCGUAAUGAUUAAACCUUCCGGGGUUGCACCUCCUCUAGUUGGACUCCCGAUAAAUAAACCGUCCGUAGCGAGUAAACCGCCGGUAGCAGGAGCUGCUGCGAGAGUGUCCCAGGGUGCAACUACGUCAAUGGUCCAGGCUCAAACAAGCCUCGUAAAGAGCGUGUUAGCGGCAGGCGGUUUAGCAGCAGGCGAGUUGGCGGCGGGUCCGGGGGCGAAAACGACGGCGGGUUUGAAGAACACCCCGUUGCCCCCCAUGCAUCCUAUUGCGUUGUUGGGUCCUGCCAAGUCUGGUACCGGUUCAUGUCCUGUGACUACCUCGGCCCCUUCAGGAGUGGUUCCGGCACGACAGUACAGUGGCGGCGCUGGACCCUUCCAGCACUACCCCACAUACAGGCCGAGCAUUCAACAACUGCGGAGCAUAACCCAGGCCCCGACCUUGUUCUCUACUGACCCGGCUUCGCAUGUGGACAAACGGAGGCUGCGACCCAACCCUCUUUGGGCCAGUUCCGAAGGCGCCCAAGCCGGACCCACAAGAACAGGUGGCCUCUAUGUUACUCCUCAGCUAGCCACCACAGGUCCCAAGGCAGCUGCAGUGCGACUGAACCCUCUGAAGCCCUCGAGCAAAGUUAAAUUAACCCUUCCUAUCGCCAGCAAAAAUAGUUAG